AUGCUACAUGAACUGCUCUUGACUUUAUCUGGGCUAUCUGGUGACUUGUUUGUUCCGUACCCUUCAGAACCGGAAACAGCAACUACUUAUAAAAUUCCACCAGAGUUUCCGUUCUUACACGAAGCUGAAAAAAGUUCUUUAGAACGACUUGCUGCUUUGGGUUUUUAUUAUCGAAAGUUAACCAACUUUCUUGAUAAACAACGCGGCAGAAAUGAAAACAAUGAGAACCAUGGCUCUGUUGGGCUUCAGAAAGACAAUGAAACCUCUCUAAAGAGUACUCCACAUGGCUCUUUCAUACACGCCCUAUGUAACGCCAUAAAUGAAGUGUUGGCAGACUUUCAUAAAACUAUUAUUGAAUCCGAGAUAAGGAUUCUGAACAAGGAAGACAAUAUGGGUGGAGUCGUUCCAAUUUCACAAUUGGUUUCUGCUUUUAGUGAAUAUUAUAUCAUCCUUCCACAUCUUAGUCAGUUAAUACUUGACGUUGAAAAUAAUCCUGUAAAAUAUUUCGGUUGUCGAAUACUUAAUUUGAUUAUUGACAAAUGUAAUACAGGUGUUCCAGAACUACGAGAAAUCAUGUUGAAAUUACUUCAUGCAUGUCAUGAAGUGAUGUUUAAACAUAUUACUUCAUGGAUGGUAUAUGGACAAUUGGUGGACCCUUUUGGAGAAUUUUUUAUUAAAGAUAGAACAUUACAAUAUAAUCCAAUCGAAAUACAAGAACAAUUUAGUCAGACUAAAUGGCAUCGACGUUUUAUCCUUGACGAAUCUUUUAUUUCAAAUAAUCUUCCUAAUGAUGUUGCCAAAUCAAUUUUAUUUGUUGGAAAAGCAAUUGCAACCGUUAGAAAUUCAACCAAACCAUAUGAGAAGCAUAGCAAAUUUCCGGAUAAACUUGCUUCAUUACAUUUACAAUAUUUAUUGGAACUCUCGUCAAGACCGAUAUUUCAUCAAAUUGAGCUCGAAAACAUUGUUAAUAUUAUUCGUAAUAAUGUUGCUCAAUGGUUAUGGCAAGUAGUUUUGACGGGUGAUAAAGUUGUGGAAUGUCUUGAAGCUUUUAAAAAUUAUUUCUUACUCGGUCAAGGUGAUUUUGCAACUUCACUUGUUGAACAAUUUGAAAAACUGUCAACUUCAAGACUUACCUCCAAAAGAAUUCCAUUGAUUAAAGAACAAGAAAUGAAUUCUUUAUUGGUUCGAGCUUCUGUGGGUACAUUAGCAGAAAAAGAUUUAUCAUUUGAAAAAUUUAGAUUUAAAGUACCAAACACAAAUGAACAACAAUCCUCAAAUGCAAUUAGCAUGUUUGAUGAUAUCCUCAUAGGUGUUCCACUUAGAUUUGAAUACGAUAUUGGCUGGCCUCUUGAUUUAUUUGUUACUUCUGAAGAUCUGUCCAAAUACGGAGACAUUUUCUCAUUUUUGAUUUCCCUUCGUCGUACCCAAUUUAAACUUCAAAAGGUCUGGGCUCGUCUUGCAGCAAAUGUAAAGAAGGAAAGAAAUUACAAAUUUUCUAAAAGAAAUAAAAAUGUGAUGAUAGUGCCAUGGAAUGUUCGCGCAUCUAUGAUGUUUUUUGUGGAUUGUUUAUGGGCUCACGUGCAGAUGGACAUUAUUGAAUCAAACUUUCAAAAACUUGUUCAUCGAAUCACCAUUUCUUCUGCACAUCAUCAACGACAAAGAUCAUCAUCAAUAACUGAGCAGAGUCCUCCUAGCAACGAGUUAGAAAGAUUACGUGAUUUUGAGGAUAUCAGAUUAGGUCACGCUUCAUAUAUAGGGGAAUUGUUACGUGGAUGUUUGCUUGAAUCUCGCGUGUGCACAGAAUCUAUUAGAACAACUUUGAAAAUUGUUGACAAAUUCUGUAUAUUAUUGGAUGGGACAAUUGACAUUGAGGAAAAAUUAGAACAAAUUGCUAAAUAUGAUGCGGAAUUUCGGGAACAAGUAAUGUUUUUGUUUCGAACACUUUCUGGGGUAAAUAAAACGGGAGAAGGUUUUGGUGGACCGCCAAGACAUCUGGAUCAAUUAUUACUACGUUUAGAUUAUAGUAAAUGGUUUUCAAAUUACUUAUUAAUUCGUCUAUAA